AUGGCUGCCGCCCCGACUCAGGGUAAGAGAGAAGGCAGUAUCGCCGAUGCGUUCGUGUCCCUAUCGGGGAUUGCCCGAUCUCCCCUUCCCCAGCGAUAUCUUGAACAUAAAAAGGCCCUUGUAGAAGGCCAUGAAAAAGACGUGAUCGAUAGUUGGAAUAGACUUCUCCCUCAGCUUAAGAGAGAGAACGAGACGAUUUACAGGGAAGGUCCACGAAUCAUUCCAACCAUCCGUUUUCGAGAUUUAGACCGCGAUCUCGUAGAACUCCGCAGCGAGAUCGAGAGACGAGGUGUUGCCGUCGUCAAGGGAGUGGUUCCCGAAGAAGAGGCCCGUUCACUCAAGAGUGAAAUCGAGGAAUAUGUAACGCAGAACCCCCAUACAAAAGCGUUCCCCCCACACGAUCCUCAGGUGUACGAACUUUAUUGGUCGGCGCCGCAGAUCCGCGCCAGAGCCCAUCCGAAUCUACUUCGAGUCCAGGCCGCUCUUAUGCAGAAAUUAUGGCGCACGUCGGAUCCGCGAAGUGCCUUAUCCAUGUCCCCGUUAUCGUAUGCCGACCGACUUCGUAUUAGGCAGCCGGGCGACGCCUCCUUUGCCCUCGGGCCCCAUGUAGAUGGAGGUAGCGUGGAGAGGUGGGAACCAGAUGGGUACGGUCGCGGUGGGGUAUAUAAUAAAAUAUUCGAAGGCGUUUGGGAAGAAUACGACCCGUGGGAUGCUACUACGCGAGUGUCGGCAGUCAUAGACAACCACAAUGGACUGGGAGCCUGCACGAUGUUCCGCAUGUUCCAGGGCUGGCUGAGCAUGAGCGCCACAAAUCCGUUCGAGGGGACACUCAUGGUAAAUCCAGCGAUCAAGCUCUCAACUGCCUACUUUCUCCUAAGGCCCUUCUUCCGGCCGAUAAGUGAUCUCGAUCGUGUGUCCGUUGAUGACUACCUUGCUGCGGAAAACUGGGAAUUCGCGGGCUCGGAGAUGACGAGCGAGCUCCAAGGAGCCACCCCCGGGCAUGGUCAAGAGCUGAGCACGGUGUUACACCCUCACUUGGAUCUCGAGAACACCAUGGUGCACGUUCCGCCUAUCAAGCCGGGAGACCUUGUGGUGUGGCACUGUGACACCAUACAUGCCGUCGACAAGGUGCAUAAGGGCCAGUCAGACUCGAGUGUUCUCUACAUACCAGUAUGUCCGUUAACGGAAUCGAAUGCCCGGUAUCUUGUUCGCCAAAGAGAGGCGUUCUUAAGUGGCACCCCCGGACCCGAUUUCCCGGGCGGACGAGGCGAGGCCGACCAUAUUAAUCGUCCAACGGAAAGGUACCUUCGCUCGAUUGCUACCGCAGAGGGAUUACGCGCGUGUGGGUUCCAGAAGCUCGCACCAGAUAACGCAAGCACCGUCGGGGCAAGGAAUAUGGUUUCUUUAGCUAACGAAAUACUCGGAUUCUAG